AUGAGUGAGGGUGUUGAUAAGAAGGACGAUCAAUCAGUUGAAGCGCCACCAGCUUUUGAGCAAGCUGAGCAAGUUGAACAAACUGAACAAGCUGAAAGCAGUGCCACUGGUAGUAGUAGCGGAGGCGCAUACAAUCCAGAGACUGGUGAAAUAAACUGGGAUUGUCCAUGUUUGGGUGGAAUGGCAUACGGACCAUGCGGUGAAGAGUUCAAGACUGCAUUCUCCUGCUUUGUUUAUUCGGAAGCAGAACCAAAGGGUAUAGAUUGUGUUGAAGCAUUCAAAGGAAUGCAGGACUGCUUUAGAAGCCAUCCAGAACACUACAGCGAUGAAAUCGACGAGGAUGAUAACGAAGAAAAGUCAGAAGAAUCCACCAAAAAAGAAGAAAGCGAGAGUACUUCAGACUCUGAAAGAAUAUAG